CCCCUUCUCCCUUUCUCAUCUUCUCCCCGUCCUCCUCUUCUCUCUUCUGGACCCAAAAUCUGGACUCCGCGUUCCUAUGACCCCAGACUCAGGAGGGUGGGCGCCCAGCACCCUGCCGUCCUCGCGGGGCGUCUCCCCCGCAGCCCAGGUGUGGGAGCCCCCCAGCCUUCCUCCCUGGGGACCCGGCAUGCAGCUGUCUCUGUCCACCUGCUAUUUCUCCCCUUUUGGGCGUGCAGGCAGAAUGUGGGGCAGCGGUCCCGGCCUCCCGGGGCCUCCUGGGAGUCUCUCAUCUUCUUAAAACGCUCCCCGCGGGGCACCUGUCCUCCCUAGGGCGCCGCGGGUCUUCGCAGCUGCGUGGUCUGGUCCCCCCGCGGGAGGAAGUUGCCGACAUGCCUGCGGCCAAACCAGCAGCCAAAAAGGUCCCCAAAGACAAAGAUGUCCCCAAAGAAGCUGCCCCUAAGGAAGCUCCUGCAGAGCCCCCCAAAGAAGCCCCACCCGAGGACCAGUCCCCCACUGCCGAGGAGCCCAGUGGCGUUUUCCUGAAAAAGCCCGACUCCGUAUCAGUGGAGACUGGAAAGGAUGCCGUCAUAACGGCCAAGGUGAACGGCAAGGAGCUUCUGGGCAAACCCACCAUCAAGUGGUUCAAGGGCAAGUGGCAGGAGGUGGACGGCAAAAGCGGGGCCCGAUUCUCAUUCAAGGAGGCCCAUGACUCUGCCAGCAAUGUAUACACCGUGGAGUUGCACAUUGGGAAGGUGGUCCUGGGGGACCGAGGGGAUUACCGCCUGGAGGUCAAAGCCAAGGACGCCUGCGACAGCUGUGGCUUCAGUAUCGACGUGGAGGCGCCCCGUCAGGAUGCCUCUGGGCAGAACCUGGAAGCUUUCAAGCGCACGGGCGAAGGGAAGGCAGAAGAUGCUGGGGAGCUGGAUUUCAGUGGCCUGUUGAAGAAGAGGGAGGUGGUCGAGGAGGAGAAGAAGAAGAAGAAGAAGGACGAUGACGACCUGGGCAUUCCCCCCGAGAUCUGGGAACUCCUGAAAGGGGCCAAGAAGAGCGAGUAUGAGAAGAUCGCCUUCCAGUACGGCAUCACCGACCUCCGGGGCAUGCUCAAGAGGCUCAAGAAGGCCAAGGUGGAGGUCAAGAAGAGCGCAGCCUUCACCAAGAAGCUGGACCCGGCCUACCAGGUGGACAAGGGCAACAAGAUCAAGUUGGUCGUCGAGAUCAGCGACCCGGACCUUCCCCUCAAGUGGUUCAAGAAUGGCCAGGAGAUCAAGCCCAGCAGCAAGUACGUGUUUGAGAACGUGGGCAAGAAGCGAAUCCUCACCAUCAACAAGUGCACCCUGGCCGACGACGCCGCGUACGAGGUGGCCAUCAAGGACGAGAAGUGCUUCACCGAGCUCUUUGUCAAAGAGCCCCCAGUCCUGAUCGUCACACCCCUCGAGGACCAGCAGGUGUUCGUGGGUGACCGGGUGGAGCUGUUGGUGGAGGUGUCAGAAGAAGGCGCCCAGGUCAUGUGGAUGAAGGACGGUGUGGAAAUGACGCGGGAGGAGUCCUACAAGGCGCGGUACCGCUUCAAGAAGGACGGCAGGCGGCACGUGCUCAUCUACUCAGACGUGACGCUGGAGGAUGCUGGCCGCUUCCAGGUCGUCACCAACGGCGGCCAGUGCGAGGCUGACCUCAUCGUGGAAGAGAAACAGCUUGAGGUGCUGCAGGACAUCGCGGACCUGACGGUAAAGGCUGCGGAGCAGGCCGUGUUCAAGUGUGAGGUGUCGGACGAGAAGGUGACCGGCAAGUGGUACAAGAACGGGGUCGAGGUGCGGCCCAGCAAGAGGAUCACCAUUUCCCACGUGGGCAGGUUCCACAAGCUGGUGAUCGAUGACGUCCGCCCCGAGGAUGAGGGAGACUACACGUUCGUGCCCGACGGCUUUGCGCUGUCCCUCUCGGCCAAGCUCAACUUCCUGGAAAUCAAGGUGGAGUACGUCCCCAAGCAAGAGCCCCCCAAGAUCCACCUGGACUGCUCUGGGAAGACCUCUGAUAACUCCAUCGUGGUUGUGGCUGGAAACAAGCUGAGGCUGGAUGUGUCCAUCACGGGGGAGCCACCUCCUGUUGCCACCUGGCUGAGGGGAGACGACGUGUUCUCGGCCACCGAGGGCAGGGUCCGCAUUGAGCAGAGGGUGGACUGCAGCAGCUUCGUGAUCGAGAGCGCCGAGCGAGGGGACGAGGGCCGCUACACCAUCAGAGUCGCCAACCCCGCGGGCGAGGAUGUGGCCUCCAUCUUCCUUCGGGUUGUGGAUGUCCCGGACCCGCCGGAGGCUGUGCGAGUGACCUCGGUUGGAGAGGACUGGGCCAUCCUGGUCUGGGAGCCGCCCAAGUACGAUGGGGGGCAGCCAGUCACAGGGUACCUCCUGGAGCGGAAGAAGAAGGGUUCUCAGCGCUGGAUGAAGCUGAACUUCGAGGUCUUCACGGAGACGACCUUCGAGGCCACCAAGAUGAUCGAGGGCGUCCUCUACGAGAUGCGGGUCUUCGCGGUCAAUGCCAUCGGCGUCUCCCAGCCCAGCAUGAACACCAAGCCCUUCAUGCCGAUCGCACCCACGAGCGCGCCCCAGCACCUGGUGGUGGAGGACGUGACGGACACCACCACCACGCUCAAGUGGCGGCCGCCGGACAGGAUCGGGGCAGGCGGCAUCGACGGCUAUCUGGUGGAGUACUGCCUGGAGGGCUGUGAGUGCUGGUUCCGCUCCCACCACCCCCGCCUCGAUCACUACGGGCCAUGCGGAGGGGCGGAAGAAAAGGCAGGGCCCCCGGAGAACGUGAUGGUGAAGGAGGUGUGGGGCACCAACGCUCUGGUGGAGUGGCAGCCGCCCAAAGACGACGGGAACAGUGAGAUCACAGGAUAUUUCAUCCAGAAAGCCGACAAGAAGACCAUGGAAUGGUUCAAUGUCUAUGAACACAACCGGCACACCAGCUGUACUGUAUCUGAUCUCAUCGUGGGGAACGAGUACUACUUCCGAGUGUUCAGCGAGAACAUCUGCGGUCUCAGCGACUCGCCUGGGGUUUCCAAGAACACAGCCCGCAUCCUUAAACAAGGACUCUCCCUCAAACCGCUUGAUUACAAGGAGCAUGACUUCCGGAUGGCUCCCAAGUUCCUUACGCCCCUCAUUGACCGUGUGGUUGUGGCUGGAUACUCCGCAGCUCUCAACUGUGCCGUCAGAGGCGAGCCCAAGCCGAAGGUGGUGUGGAUGAAGAACAAGAUGGAGAUCCGUGAAGACCCCAAGUUCCUGAUGACCAACUACCAGGGGGUCCUCACGCUCAACAUCCGCCGGCCCUCGCCCUUUGACGCAGGCACCUACUCCUGCCGGGCCGUCAAUGAGCUGGGGGAGGCGCUGGCCGAGUGCAGGCUGGACGUGCGAGUGCCACAGUGAAACCUCGCCCCACCUGCCGAGAGGACCGAGCCCCGGCUCCAUCCCCAGAGUGCUCCAGAC